AUGGCGAAGUCCGUUGAAGAGCUCUCAUCCCAGUUCGAGAAGAUGUUGAAGCAGUUCACAGGCGCGGCUGACGAUGGCUCCGGGACUGCACCGCCGGUUCACCCUCCACCAGGUUCGAGGUGGAUGGACCUCAACCUUGCUCCCGGAUCGUCCUCGUGCUCACCUGCGAGGGACGGGGAGCGGCCCAAGGGGCACGGCGAGCACUGCAGCGGGAUCCUUGGACUCCGGCCGCAGAACUUCGGCAAGGGUACGUUCGCUGCUCCGAAUCCACCUCCAAUUAUUUCGGUUGACAAUGAUGCGCCUGCAAAUUGUCGUUCACCUCCUUUCCCUAAAAUGGAGUUUCCAAAAUUUGAUGGUGAAUUCCCUCGCCUAUGGCGGGAUCAAUGUGAGGUAUUCUUCGAGGUCUACGCGGUGCACCCGUCUCUGUGGACCUGGUUUACGACCUUGAACUUCAAGGGAAUGGCUGCGUCGUGGCUGCAAACUGUGCAACGAAAUGGGCAAAUCACUGAUUGGGAUCGGCUUUGUGAUAUGGUGAUGAACAAAUUCGACUGGAAUCAGUAUCAACUACUGCUGAAGCGGUUUGAGAAGUUGAAGCAAAAAGAUUCUGUCGAAGAAUAUCAGAUGGAGUUCGAGAAGCUGGCCAAAGGAGGAGAUUCGAGCAGCUAUUUCAUUGCAUAG